GGCGCGCGCCGGGGUCGGCUUGGGACUGGAGCCUUGGCCCUGGGCAGCGACUGGCUCGUGCAGCUUGGCGGUGAGAGCCGCCCGGCUCCUGGUCCUGCGGGCGCAGCCCCCGGCGGAGCUCUGCGGAUCGCGCCGCUGCCGUUGGGUUAGCAGGGAGCGGCCGGGCCCCCGGAGCAGGGACGGGGGGUAACGCGCUAACAAGCCGGUGCGGCUGGCGCGGGAGAGGGCUCGCUCUCCUUGGCCCGCUGUCCGUGGGCGGGGCAGGUCCCGCUGAAGUGUCCCUGGAUGGAUCCCGAAGCUCCUCUGGUCCGGAGGCGACUCUGCGGAGCCCGCGGCUGAGCCCCGCGUGGCCGCUGCCUCAGUGCGGGCUGCGUGUGAUUCCUGCCUUUGGGAGCAUGUUGUCGCUUGUGACCAGGACAGCGGGGGUCUGGGUCAGGCUGCGGCGCGCCUGUAGCACUGCUGCUUUGUUAUGCUCUCAGCCGUGCAUGGAAAAAUGCCCUGCGGAUCAUGUUGUGUUCUCCAGAUCCUAUAGUUCCCAAAAGAAGGAAAAACUGGAUAUGUCUAUAUUUCCUGUUGAAAAUAUUAGAAAUUUCAGUAUCAUAGCUCAUGUAGACCAUGGCAAAAGCACUCUAGCAGACAGGCUAUUGGAAAUUACAGGAACAAUUGCUAAAACUGACCAAAAUAAACAAGUGCUGGAUAAACUGCAAGUGGAACGGGAAAGAGGGAUCACAGUUAAGGCACAGACUGCAUCUCUCUUUUACAGUUAUGAAGGAAUGAACUACCUCUUAAAUCUCAUUGACACACCAGGUCAUGUAGAUUUUAGCUAUGAAGUAUCACGGUCACUGUCUGCCUGUCAAGGUGUCAUUCUUGUAGUGGAUGCAAAUGAGGGUAUUCAAGCACAAACAAUGGCAAACUUCUAUCUUGCUUUUGAAGCACAACUGGCAAUAAUUCCUGUUAUAAACAAGAUUGACUUGAAGAAUGCAGACCCUGAAAGGGUUGAGAAACAAAUUGAAAAGCUAUUUGAUAUCUCUAAAGAUAAAUGUAUUAGGAUUUCUGCUAAACUAGGAACAAAUGUGGAAAAGGUUCUUCAGGAAGUUAUUGAAAAGGUUCCACCACCCAGUGUUAACAUUAGAGACCCAUUGAAAGCCUUGGUAUUUGACUCCACCUUCGACCACUACAGGGGUGUCAUAGCUAACAUUGCGCUCUUUGGUGGAGAGGUUCAGAAAGGACAUAAGAUUGUGUCUGCUCACACAAGGAAGACCUAUGAAGUUAACGAAGUAGGAAUUCUGACGCCAAAUGAUCAGCCAACUCAUAAAUUAUAUGCUGGACAGGUGGGCUAUCUGAUUGCUGGGAUGAAAGAGGUUACGGAAGCCCAAAUAGGAGACACGCUGUAUUUACAUAAGCAGCCAGUGGAGCCUUUGCCUGGCUUUAAAUCAGCGAAACCAAUGGUCUUUGCAGGCAUGUACCCAGUAGACCAGUCGGAAUAUAACAACCUGAAAAGUGCUAUAGAAAAACUGACACUAAAUGAUUCCAGUGUAACUAUUCAUCGGGAUAGCAGCCUUGCCUUAGGAGCUGGAUGGAGGUUGGGGUUUCUUGGUCUUCUGCAUCUGGAAGUUUUUAAUCAGCGCUUGGAGCAAGAAUACAAUGCAUCUGUCAUUUUGACUGCACCCACUGUUCCAUAUAAGGCUGUUCUUUCCUCAGCAAAAUUUAUAAAGGAACACGGAAAAGAGAUUACUGUUAUCAACCCUGCUGAGUUUCCUGAUAAAUCUUCAGUAUCAGAAUAUUUGGAACCAACCGUUUUGGGGACUAUCAUAACACCCGAUGAAUAUAUUGGAAAAAUCAUAACUCUGUGUCAGACUCGCAGGGCUGUUCAGAAGGACAUGAUGUACAUUGAUGAGCACAGGGUUAUGCUGAAAUAUAUCUUCCCACUGAAUGAAAUUGUGGUGGAUUUUUAUGAUGCUCUGAAAUCACUCUCUUCUGGAUAUGCUAGCUUAUUUCAUAGAAGCUGUAGAACAUUCCUGUGGAAUAGGAAGAUAUUAAAUCCAUUUUGCAGAUGAGCAAACUGAGGCAUAGAGGCAAGGCAAGGCCAUACUGAAUAUCAUUGUCAGAAAUGGGAAUAGAACAGAAGAAACCUGACUUGUAGACUCUUGACAUUCACAGUUCUGAAAUAGCAAUGACUAAAUGACACACACAUUGUAGAGAGAAACCUUGUAUAAGGUGGAAGCGCAGUAGCUUGCACCCAUUUUGGGUACUGUGAUCAUUAUUGGGAAUGGAAUUUCCUAUUAUCAGUUCUUCAUUAAGUUAGACUCAGACCUGCAGGCAGGGAUUUGAAAAUUCCUGCCUAAUAAAUCAGGUUAUGUUAUGAAAAUCAGUGGCAGUCAGCUUAGAAAUUAGUUAAUUUACUGUGAUAUAUAACUAUCCUCUUGCCAGCUGUACAUUGUGCAAGUGUCCAGUGUACUGUAAUGUGAGAACUAGCAUUAUCUACUUGUCAAAGGGACCCUUGACAAUGUACUUUUAUCCAUUAGUUCUUCUUUCCAGUGUGAGAAGGAAACCUUUCAAAAUGUUAAUUCGUUAAUACAAGUCUGAAACCCAGAUGAAAGCGUAUAUUCUCAACUUUGUUCUGGGAAUUAAGCAAAUAAUUUUCUGCACAUUGAGAUGAAAUUUUGUUCCUUCAGGUAAAAUAAUCUUUACAUCUGGUAGCUAUAAAAAUAUGCAGAUACUUAUCAGUAGCCUUUGGGAGUGUAGCUGAAAGGAAUAUGUUGCUAGAUAGAUGGGAUGUAAGCCAACAAACACUGCAUGCCUCUUUUUAUUGAAAUAUGAUCUCAGGAGAUUUGGUAGUAAGAUGCAUUAUAAUAAUAUAUAGAGAUAUACUUAUCUCAUAGAACUGGAAGGGACCCUGAAAGGUCAUCAAAUCCAGCCCCAUGCCUUCACUAGCAGGACCAAGUACUGAUUUUUGCCCCAGAUCCCUAAGUGGCCCCCUCAAGGAUUGAACUCAAGCCUGGGUUUAGCAGGCCAAUUCCCAAACCACUGAGCUAUCCCUCCUUCCCAAAACUCUGGAAGGAACAGGUGGCUUUGAUACUGGUCUCAUGAUUUACUUUUUAAUAUCCACAAUUGUGUUAGACACUUUACUGGCAUAAGAAUAAUAGUUCCCCGCCUAAAAAGAUUGCAGUUUAAUCAAAGUUCAUAUAAUUCAAUGGGUAGCAAGAGAGAACUCUUUGAUUUACAGUGACAGCAUUGCAAGAUUGGUGGUUCUGCAUGUUGUUGUGGGGUUUUUGGUUUUGUUCUUAAAUAUGUUUUAUGAAUAUAGGAUUAUGACUGGGGUGUUGGGGUUUUGUGUGUGUUGUGUGGCUGAACUGGUAGGGAGAAGGAAAACAGGGAGUGGGAGAGGGUGGAUAGAAAGAAAAAUGAAGGGGAAGGAGAGCCAGAGGAGGAUGGAGGGAGGUGAUUAAAAAGGGGUGUGGUGGGAGGGGGUGGAAGUGAAGGCGAGAGAUGGGGAGAAAGAAGGAAAGAGAGAGGGGAGGUCUGGCAGCAAAUUGAGCAUUGGAACCAGACAGGAAUAGGAGGAGAGCAACUGAUUAGUCAAAUGGAGUGCAUAUAAAAACCAUUUCAGAGUUUGUUUUGAGGUUUAGGAUUCUCAUGACAUCAGAAUGUAUAAAGACUGUUGCAGUGACUUGGAGGGGAAGCUUCAAGAGCUGAGGUUUUAAGGUUGGUCUAAAGAAGCUCCUCACACUGCUGCCCUCAUGUUGUCUUGGUGGGAAGGAAUCUGGUAUCCCUGAGUGGCUCCUAGAGAAUCCAGUGGGGAUGGUGGGUCCUGACUAACCCCUGCUGAGUAGCUAGAAGAAAGGGUGCUGUCUGCCUGUGUUUUAGAGCAAGCUUUUUCCCCACAGUGUACUUAUAAUUCAGUUUUGGAGAGAGAACAGAUUUACUAAAAUACAUUCAAAAAUGGCAGUACCCCUCCUGUAAUGAAAAUCCAAGUGUUUUAUUAAAAUGUGUAUAUAAAACAAAUGCUAAAAGCCUAAAGGAUUCCUGGAG